UAGAAUAUGUGACAUUAUCCAAAGAUCGAAAUUCGAUGUAUGGACAAUCCCAUUACCAAACAGCCUACGGUCUACAUGCUCUCUGUGAAAGCAAGCAGAUUCUAGGAAGAAAAGACAGGCCAAGAGAAACGAAUAUCUCAGUCAAUUUAUUUUACUUGUUUGUCGGGAAGUUAUGCACUUCAUAGUUAUCUCAAAGCUGGCAAAUGCAUGCUUCUAAGUGGCUAUAGAAUCACUAUACUAGUACUAGCCGAACAAACGAGAUUAAUUAAUUUUAGGAGGAGGAGUAAUUUUUUUGGGUUCACAUAGUAACUAGUUAAAUUAUGCAUCCUAUUUGUAGUGUCCUAAAAGCCAAUACUUGAUGGGAAAAUGAAAAAUGAAAAUUGAUUGAAAGAGAGAAUUGAGGUUGUGUGCAGGAGGCGCAGCGGCAGCCCUAUUAGCCGACUGAAAAUGUCGUGCUUAACAGAACAAGACUGUAAAGCUGAACCAAUUCUGUAUUGUGUCUCACACUGUAAGCCUCACAACAGAAUAUGUCUCUGUUUUCAACACCAACAUAUUCUCACUCUCUCUCUCGUCCCAUUCAUUCAUUUCCCACACUUUCUCUCUCUAUCACUUCUUUCUUUCCCAUAAAUAAAACUCUAUUCCAUUACACUCUUCCUCUUCUUCAUAACACAAUCCCCACUUUCAUUUUACUUUUUCAAACUAAAACUUCUUUGCUCACUCUCUCAACAUCUUUCAUCUUUCGUAACUACACAAUGCCUUCCUCUGACUCCGCUGACAGCCGCCGAUCAACUAAACCUCAGACUCGCCCCGGAGCACCGGCGCCUGAGCAAGAGAAUCUUCCAUGCCCUCGUUGCGAUUCAACAAACACCAAAUUCUGCUACUACAACAACUAUAACUACUCUCAGCCACGUCACUUCUGCAAGGCUUGCCGCCGAUACUGGACUCACGGAGGAACUCUCCGUGACAUUCCCGUCGGAGGAGGUACCCGGAAAAACGCCAAACGCUCUCGCACUCAUCACGUUGCUGUCACCUCCUCGUCUUCUACCGUGACUUCGGCGCCGGAGCAUCACUUUCAUUCUAUGGCGCCGAUCUCCGCCGCACAAGGAGGUUCGUUACCGUUCGGUGGUGGAAUUGACGGUGACGGAAAACAGAAUAUGAGUGUUUGUGGGAGUUUCACUUCGUUGCUGAACAACAACGUUCAAAACUCUGGUUUUCUGGCUUUAGGUGGAUUUGGGCUUGGGCUUGAAGAAAUGGGCUUUGGAAUUGGGCGAGCGGGUUGGGGUUUUCCGGGAAUGGUGGAGGGGUCGAACAUGGGCGUGUCUUCUGGGAUUGGAAACACGUGGCAGUUAGAAGGCGGUGAAGGUGGAUUUGUUGGUGCUGCUGACUGUUUCUCUUGGCCUGGACUUGCAAUUUCAACACAAGGAAAUGGUUUCAAAUGAAACUCAUUCUAAUUUUUAUUUUAUUUUUGGUUGUCUUUUUGUUUCAAUGGAGGGUGCUCUGUUGGUCCUAGGUUAGUGUUUUUUUUUUUUUGAAUAGGGUGUUAAAUUAAGUGAAUCUGGGUAUAAUCAUCACCAUAGUAGUACACUCAUGACUUUUUUUCGUUUUGUUUUGUUUAUGUUUAUCUUGAAAUCAUAUUGUCGUGUAUGUUUAUCGGAUUAAUUAGUAGUGUUUUAUGACAAAUUA